GAGUAGCACAACACCGACAGGAGACACAUUUGGGUGUAACACAACACCGACAGGGGACACAUUUGUGUGUAACACAAUACCGACAGGGGACACAUUUGUGUGUAACACAAUACCGACAGGGGACACAUUUGGGUGUAACACAACACCGACAGGGGACACAUUUGGGUGUAACACAACACCGACAGGGGACACAUUUGGGUGUAGCACAACACCGACAGGGGACACAUUUGGGUGUAACACAACACCGACAGGGGACACAUUUGGGUGUAACACAACACUGACAGGGGACACAUUUGGGUGUAACACAACACUGACAGGGGACACAUUUGGGUGUAACACAACACCGACAGGGGACACAUUUGGGUGUAACACAACACCGACAGGGGACACAUUUGGGUGUAACACAACACGUUGUAAACACUCUCCUCUCUCCCUUCUUCACAGACAGACAAUUUUCCCGCUGAGCCCAAUUACAUGGGCAGCAGGCAGCAGUUUGUUCAAAGCAGCUCGACAUUCAAGGACCCAGAGCGAGCCAGCCUUAGAGACAGUGGUCAUGGCGAUAGUGAUCAGGCCGAUAGCGACCAGGACACUAAUAAAGGCUCCUGCUGCGACAUGUCGGCCAAGGAGGCUCUGAAGAUGAAGGCUACGGGCGUUAAACCACCUCCUCUGGAACAGGAAGAAGACUGUGUUAAUUGCACAGAGGAGUGCAGAGUCCUCGGCCACUCCGACCGCUGCUGGAUGCCUCAGUUCCCGGCGGGGGGGGCGGGAGGGGGAGGAGCCAACCAGGCGGAGGGCGUGGACUACCGCAACAACCUGUUCGUCCCCGCGGGGAUGGAGGCUGCCAUGGAGACCACAGAAGCCUACGAGACCGUCAACCCCAACGGGAAGAAAACCUUCUGCACCUUCGGCAAGGAGCGUCGGGACCACACCAUUUUAGUGGCUAACGUCAAGCCUUACCUGAAGGCCAAGAGAGCCUUGUCUCCGCUUCUCCAGGAGGUCCCCUCAGCCUCCAACUCCCCCACUAAAGGCUGCUCCUCGUCUAGCAACUCCCCCUGUGCCUCCUCCACUAAAUCCCCCGCAGACGGAGCCGAGACCAAACCCUCCCCCAGCCACUAUUGCUCUGGCCCCCCCGACGGGCAGUACCACUCCCCCAACAAACAGAGCAGAGACCCAGGUCUCCCCCAUCACUACGGCCCCCGCGGCCCAGGACUACCCCCGGGACACCCAGCCUACCCUUCUCUUUCCUGCGACCCGGUGGCCAAGGUUCUAGCGGAGGCCCGGUCCCGAAUCAGCCAGGAGGCUGGGGUGGGGACAGAGAUGGACUGUGUUCUGGAAAUGGACGGGGGGAUCCACGGAGGGGGGGAGCUGGGGCGGGAUGGGGUCGAUGCAGACCAGGUGGUCAGAGACAUCGACAAACUGCUACAGGACUGCAGAGGCAGCGAGACAGCCACCGGCACUCUCAGAAGAAAGUGAUACACAGGGUAGAAAGAGAGAGAGAGAGAGAGAGAGAGAGAGAGAGAGGGAUUUGGGCAGGAAGGAUACUCUCAGCCCUAAGACUGCCACCGCCAUCUAAACAACAAACAGAACACUGCUGGCCGUCAACGUGACCUUAUCGUUGACCUCGACUUGGAACUAUGGAAGGACCACAUGUUGGACUUUUCCCUGUCGAUAUCGCCAUAGAAACAUGGACAUCUGAAUUCAGAAGGACUGAAACAUGGACAUCUGAAUUCAGGAGGACUGAAACAUGGACAGCUGAAUUCAGAAGGACUGAAACAUGGACAGCUGAAUUCAGAAGGACUGAAACAUGGACAGCUGAAUUCAGAAGGACUGAAACAUGGACAGCUGAAUUCAGAAGGACUGAAACAUGGACAGCUGAAUUCAGAAGGACUGAAACAUGGAUAGCUGAAUUCAGAAGGACUGAAACAUGGACAGCUGAAUUCAGAAGGACUGAAACAUUGUCAUCUGAAUUCAGAAGGACUGAAACAUGGACAGCUGAAUUCAGAAGGACUGAAACAUGGACAUCUGAAUUCAGAAGGACUGAAACAUGGACAGCUGAAUUCAGAAGGACUGAAACAUGGACAUUGAAUUCAGAAGGACUGAAACAUGGACAUUGAAUUCAGAAGGACUGAAACAUGGACAUCUGAAUUCAGAAGGACUGAAACAUGGACAGCUGAAUUCAGAAGGACUGAAACAUGGACAUCUGAAUUCAGAAGGACUGAAACAUGGACAUCUGAAUUCAGAAGGACUGAAACAUGGACAUCUGAAUUCAGAAGGACUGAAACAUGGACAGCUGAAUUCAGAAGGACUGAAACAUGGACAGCUGAAUUCAGAAGGACUGAAACAUGGACAUCUGAAUUCAGAAGGACUGAAACAUGGACAGCUGAAUUCAGAAGGACUGAAACAUGGACAGCUGAAUUCUGUUGAACUUCUUUGACUCUUUUUGUGAUUCUUUGGGAAUGACAGAAUGCUGGGCACUUUCUGUCUGGCUCCCUGCAAGCUUUUAAUCCAAGUGGCCACCAGCUCAUUGUUAAUGUGAUUCUUUGGGAAUGACAGGAAUGAGCAGCUUCUGUCUGGCUCCUUGCAAGCUUUUAAUCCAAGUGGCCACCAGCUCAUUGUUAAUGUGUGUUCAUGCUCUUUCCUUUGCCAGGACAAGCUUACACAUCUGUUUGUGUGUGUGUGUGUUGCUUACGUGAAGUGUGAACGCAGCCAUUGGCUUCUGGGAGGAUUAUUAUAAUGGUCUAUCAUGACAAUCGGAGGACAGGUCCUGAGAGUCAGGGACCUGGAAGAGUAGACAGAGUUGGUUCCCGACCUGAACUUUGGUUUGGUUCUGACCGACGACCCGCGGAGAGAGAGACAAAACACUUCUCUAAACUUUUGUAAUAUUGAUGUUUAAAAGUGCAAAAAGGAACACCGUAUCUUAAACAGGUUGGUCAUUUAGGGGUAUGGGGGGGGGGGGGGGGGGGGGGGUCG